GAUACUUUUUAAAUCUUGUUUUCUUAUGACUCCUAAUAUUAAGGUGCUGCUGCGUGAUUCAAAUGCCAUCCGAAUACCCUCUAGGUUCUAGAAAAUGGGGAACACAAGUAGUGAGCGAGCUGGACUGGAGCGUCAUGGGCAUAAGGCAUCCCGAGGUGACAAUUCAGGAGGAACCAUCAGUACAAAAGAGGGUGACAGACCCAAAAUCUUAAUGGAUAGUCCUGAGGAUGCAGACUUGUUCCAUUCGGAGGAAAUGAAGGCUCCGCUGGAGAAAGAAGAAUUCUUAGCCUGGCAACAAGAUCUGGAAGUCAGUGAUAAAACUCCCACUCAAGCUCGACCGACAGUCUUUCGUUGGACUGGAGGAGGGAAAGAAGUUUAUUUAUCUGGGUCCUUCAACAACUGGAGUAAAAUUCCUCUGACAAGGAGUCACAAUAACUUUGUGGCAAUCCUGGACUUGCCGGAAGGAGAGCAUCAAUAUAAGUUCUUCGUGGAUGGCCAGUGGACACACGAUCCUUCAGAGCCAGUAGUAACCAGCCAGCUAGGUACUGUCAACAACAUCAUUCAGGUGAAGAAAACCGACUUUGAAGUAUUCGAUGCUUUGAUGGUGGACUCCCAAAAAUGUUCUGACAUGUCUGAGUUGUCAAGUUCACCCCCAGGACCAUACCACCAGGAACCCUAUGUUUGUAAGGCAGAGGAACGCUUCAAAUCUCCACCCAUUCUUCCUCCCCACCUGCUGCAGGUCAUCCUGAAUAAGGACACAGGCAUUUCUUGCGAUCCUGCUUUACUCCCUGAACCCAACCAUGUAAUGCUGAACCACCUUUACGCACUUUCUAUCAAGGACGGAGUGAUGGUGCUUAGUGCAACACAUCGUUACAAGAAGAAAUAUGUGACUACUUUGCUGUACAAACCAAUAUAAACAUUGUGGUAGUUUGUGACCAAGUGUUCUGGGCCAGUGCAGUCUCAGAAAAAAACAAGUUAUUUUCUUAACCAAAUGUACUUCUGCUCUGUGCUGUAGCAAAUGAACUCUGAUUUCAUAUUGUUUCUGAGACUUCCAAGUUCUCCUAUAUUUGCCUUAUUCUUCAGUCCCACCUUGGAAGUUCUUGGAGAUGCCAGCUUCACAAUGAGAGGCAAAGUGUCAGUGACAGUUGUCAGCUCAGUUAAAAACAGUUAGAUUCACCUAUUUAAUUGAUUAGGCUGAAAAAUGUCAGGACAGCAAUGGACUGAAGACCUUCAGCAGUGUUGCAGACUGUAAGAAAUACAAACACCAGCCUAAAACCUGGAAAGUUCAGGAUUCUUGUGGAAUCGGAGUUGAGCUCAACACUAAGCAAAAGCAAGCCUGUUGCUGCUUUCAUAACUUAACACGUGCGUCAAACACACAAUUAUUUUAGUAGCAAGUUCCAAACUUGCAUGGCUGAAAUAAGUGUGAAACUUGAUGUUUUGUAGCAGCCUUUCUAGGCAAAAUCAGUGAUACAGUCACCCACAAGAUCAUUCUUAUUUUACGGUAGACUGGGAUGCACUGUGUUUCUACUGUGAAUAGCUCAGUAGUGUUUCUCUUCCUGAGAAGUGAAAUAUCACUUUUCCACUGUGGAAUUUCUGGUAAAGGCAAUUUUUUUUUAAUGGCUGGAUUUUUGAGUAAAUCAUAAAUGUGUCUUGCAGUAAUCUGCUUUUUGCAGUCGACUUCUCUUGCUGUCACUGAUAAGGGCUUCCUUAAGCUGGGAUAGGUAGCUGUGAGGAAAUCAGUGUAUUCCAUUUAGGGAUUAGUUCUUCAGUAACAGCCUCUGUCAGCCGAUUUGAAGAUGACUGUAAGUUACUGUGCCGUAACCUGUAUCCUGGUGGCCAAACGUGCAGUGGCAAGCGUGCUGGAAACCGCAGUGUUACGCUCCUCUGCGCCCCGGGCUGGAGCUGGGUCCUUCCCUCCGGGCUGCGGCACUAGCAGCAGGUAUGAAAUCCCUGUAACCAGGGCUGUAGCGAUCUCUGCAACUUUUUCCUCUGUUCCUGUUUUCUAAGUGAACGCAGCGAUGCUGCGUGGCCUCUCCUCCGUACUGCCAGUCUGUUUUAUCCCAAACCGCCUGCCAGCGUGCCUCGGGCCUCCCUGCAGGAAGCGGCUCAGGAGCUGACCUGCUGGGUCCUCUCCUCUGCUUGUUCUUUGGAGCCUGUGAGGGCCAGUGACUGUGCCAGGGAUAACCAGCCUGUGCCCUGCUGUGGGGAGCAGCACGCUGCCCAGAUCGCAGUCGUCUGAGCAGGGAGGAAAGCCGCAGCAGCCCGCGUUCAGUGGAGCCAGCCGCAGCGGAGGGGUGGUUCGCCGUCUGCCGGUUUGUCCACUAGCCUUGUUGCAAUAUUUUGAGUAGCUCAGUAGAACUGGGUCUAGUGCAAUGGUUUUCUCUGAAAACUGUCCUUCAUUCUGCGCUAUGGAUAGUCUUUAUUCUGAAAUACAGAAUUGCUUUUGUUUUCCACCUCUUCCAAAACAAGUUAAAAAUUAAAGAUUUUUAAGAAAAGUG